UGAAAAAAGAAUUGAUUAGAGCAGUUAGUACCCUUUCCAUGGCUACUAACUAUUCCUCCUUCCUUCGUUUUCCUUUUGGCUUGGUUCUUGUUCUGUUUCUAAUUGGUUGUUCAUCAAAGAAGGUAGAAGCCAAUGGAUUCAAAGAACUGACGGCGGAUGUUCAUUACCAUAGUCAUGUUAUUGAACUUAGCUCCUUGAUGCCGGCAGAAGUUUGUUCUACACCACCCAAAGUUUCAGGUGCCGAAAACUUAAGCAAGCCACUGCAAGUAGCUCACAAAUAUGGGCCUUGCUCACCACUGAAGAAUGGGAAUACAACAAUUCCUAGCCCUCAUCAAAUUGUCCUUGAUGACGAAAUCCGAGUCAAGUACCUCAAUUCAAAAACCUCCAAAAACCAAACCACAGUACUCCAAGAUUCUGCAGUCAGGAUUCCUGCAAAUUCUGGCCUAUCUCUCGGUACCGGAAACUUUGUGGUAAAUAUCGGACUUGGAACCCCAAUGCAAGAAUUCACAGUAGAAUUCGAUACUGGUAGUGAUCUAACUUGGAUCCAAUGCCAACCAUGCUCCGGCCAAUGCCAUAGACAAAAAGAUCCCUACUUCAACCGUUCUGCAUCCUCUACCCAUUCCAGUGUCCCAUGUGGCUCUAACGACUGCAACCAACUGAAAUCAGCCACAGGCAACUCACAAGCUUGCACCACCACAUGCACUUACCGAAUUGGAUACGGUGAUGGUUCAUACUCUGGAGGGUACUAUGCACGAGACAAACUAACACUAUCUAGUUCUGAUGUCUUCCCCAACUUCAGAUUCGGGUGCGGCGAAAAUAACCAAGGCCUGUUUGGCACUUCAGAUGGAUUACUAGGCCUUGGCCGUGACAACGUCUCUACGGUAUCACAGACUAUUCAAAAAUAUGGAAAUAUUUUCUCCUAUUGUCUUCCAUCAACAACCAGUUCUACUGGUUAUCUUGCAUUUGGAAGCCAAGCCGGCACCACUCCUAGGAUUUUCAACACUCCUUUACUAGUAAAUUCAAAUCGUCCAAAUUUCUAUUUCUUAAGUAUGACUGGUAUCAGUGUUGGAGGGAAGAAAUUGGCUAUCUCACCAGCAGUUUUUACAACUUCAGGAACCCUUAUAGACUCUGGAACUGUCGUCACUCGUUUGGCACCAACAGCCUAUGCAGCUCUCCGAUCAGCAUUUCGUCAAGCAAUGUCUAAUUAUCCCAGAGCUGUAUCUACUUCAUUUAUGGAUACAUGCUAUAACCUUUCUGGAUAUAGUAAUGUAGUAUUACCAACCAUUGUGUUGCAUUUUUAUAGAUAUACUGACUUGAAUGUUCAUCCAUCUGGGAUUCUGUUUCAACUGAGUUCAACUCAACAUUGCUUGGCUUUUGCUGGAAACAGAGCUGAUACCGAUUUCGGGAUCCUUGGAAAUAAGCAACAACAGACCUUUGAGGUGGUUUAUAAUGUGGCAGCUGGAAAGCUGGGAUUUGGCGCUGGUGGUUGUAGGUAAUGGGAACCAGCCCUCUGUAAUAUAAAGAUAGGAAAAGGCUGCCCACUGUGUCUGCCUCUUUCCUUAACAACCUCCUCCCAGAAAUCAUAUAUAUGGUCAGUGAUUGAUUAGCAAUAGAAAUAUAAAUAAGAGGAAUGAAAGAAUAAGAAGUGGAACUGAACAAGCAAGAAAAUAUUGAAGCUUAUGAUUCCAA